AUGUAUCCACAUCGACUACACAAUACCAACUAUCUUUCAUACCUCAUUCGAAGGUCCAAUGGAGAGAAGGUAUCAAUCAACAACUAUGAGAUACCGGAAAGAGGUGAACUUGAAUCUAUAACCCAGUUCAAAAACGGAGAGUUCCACUUUGUAAGACGCAAGCUUGAGAAUAACAAGAAUAACAAGAUAAGGAAGAAUGAGCAGGGAUACUCAUGGAAACAAAAUGGCUCCGAGACAAAGAUAAAGCAGUCCAGUAAGGUCGUUGGCUUCAAGCGCACGCUCACUCUCCAGGACGCCAAGAAGGACUUCAAGCUCUGGGAAUUCACCGUGGCCGACUCGGACGGCGUCGAGAAGCGCGAGCUCAUCCUGCGGCACUUCCUCCGCGACAGCGACGACAACAACCAGAAGAAGACCUAUCCCGACCCCGACAACAACAUCAUCUACACCACCCCCGAGGACUACGCAAACGAGAAGAUGUCUCAGAUGAGUGCGGGCGGCAGUCCGGCGCACGGACACAUGCCUCUCGUAUCUUAUGGUGGCAACAACAUCAACAUCAACAUCAACUAUCCCCACAACAACAUCAACACCAACAGUAACAACAACAACCACAACAACACCAGCCAUCACGCCAACACGAGCCAUCUGAACACACACCACCAACACAAUCAGUUCAACUCGUACAUGUAUCAAACCCCGACGCCCAACCAGCAACCGGCACAUCAUCAGUCCAUGAUGUCCAACCUUCACUCGAGCGACUAUAAUUCGCCCGUACUUUCGCCAUUCCCCACCCGAUUCGUUUCUGAUAUAUCAUCCAACAACUCCACGCCACAAUACUCCAGCUCUUCCACAACGAGUACCCAAUGGAACUCGACCCCGCCCCAGCAAGUACCCAUGCCCAGCAAGCAAGCCGCGGACUUCCACGCCAUGCCCUCACACCUGCCGCCACCCUUCCACCUGUCCGAUGUUGGCACCUACCAACAGAGCGGUGGCUUCCAGGAGUUCCCACCCUACCCCUCGCAGUCGUCGCAUAAGUACGCCGGAGGUGGAGGUGGCUAUCACCAGACCAACAACCGCAUGGAGCCACUGUCCACCAGCUCAUUCCAGAGUGGUGGCGGCAGCAACACACCCACCCUCCGAAGUGUGCCAAGCACAUCGCAUACCAGUAACUCGGGCGCACCAAACAUCUCCAUGUUGGUGCAGAUGAACGACAACAAUAGCAACAACAAUCAAAUGUCGCAUCACCAGAUGAACACAACGCCCGCACCCCUGACCCUGCCACGCCUUACGCCGUACCCUGGCCCCAACCCAUUCCACAACACAAACAUGGGCAUGCUCAACAGUGGCAUGGGCGCACCACUGCCAUCGUCCUUCCAGCCAAAGACCAAGAAGGUGAAGGGAGACCACGACUUCUCCAACAACAUCGAUACCAUGGUGCCAACGACCACGUCGCCGUUUGGUGCCAACACCGGCUUGGGCGGAACGCCGCCCAUGCUAUCCAGCGCCGCUAUGGGCAGUUCGAUCGAGUUCUUGCCCGUGCCAUCGCAGCCCUUCAUGAAGAAGGAGCCACCCGUCUCUAUGUUGCCCUCUGCAACCAAGAGAAAGGAAAGAGAGUAG